GCAGAUCCGGAGUUUACCCAGGCUGGAGGGGCGGGCAGAGGCGGGUCCUAGCUCAGGAGCUGCAAGCAACUUUUCCUUGCUCUCUCUCCUUCAGGCCGGAGAGAAGUCCACUGUCUGGUCAACUUCUGGAAAGCCUAACUUCUGGGAGCCUUGGAGGCAGCGACUAGGGUUCUGUGCGCACCCACAGAGCAGCGUCUUAGAUUCUCCAGCGCAGAUCCACGAUGGGACCGGGACAAGCAGGGGGCGCGCUUCUGCUGCAGCUGCUGGUGUUCACUCAAGGUAUUUUAAGUUGUCUGGCAUACAAUGUUGGCCUCCCAGGAGCAAAAAUAUUUUCCGGCCCUUCAAGUGAACAGUUCGGCUAUGCCCUGCAGCAGCUUACAAACCCACAAGGCAGCUGGCUACUGGUUGGUUCACCAUGGAGUGGCUUUCCUGAGAACCGUAUGGGCGACGUGUACAAGUGCCCUGUGGACCUACCCACUGCCACAUGUGAAAAGCUGAAUCUGCAAAAUUCAGCAAGCAUCUCAAACGUUACUGAGAUAAAAACCAACAUGAGCCUGGGUUUGACCCUCAGCAGGAACUCAGAGACCGGCGGCUUUCUAACCUGUGGUCCUCUGUGGGCACAUCAGUGUGGAAAUCAGUAUUACGCAACUGGAAUUUGUUCUGAUGUUAGUCCAGACUUUCGGACCCUGACCAGUUUUUCACCGGCAGUUCAGGCUUGCCCUUCCCUCAUAGAUGUUGUAGUUGUGUGUGAUGAAUCAAACAGUAUUUAUCCCUGGGAAGCAGUAAAGAAUUUUUUGGAAAAGUUUGUACAAGGCCUGGACAUAGGACCCAAAAAGACACAGGUGGCGUUAAUUCAAUACGCCAAUAACCCAAGAGUUGUAUUUAACUUGAACACUUUCAAAACCAAGGAGGAGAUGGUUACUGCCACAUCUCAGACCUACCAAUAUGGUGGGGACCUCACGAACACCUUCAAAGCAAUUCAGUUUGCAAGAGACGUUGCUUUUCUGCCAGCUUCUGGUGGGCGCCCAGGUGCUACUAAAGUCAUGGUAGUUGUGACCGACGGCGAAUCCCACGAUGGGGCGAAGCUGAAAGCUGUGAUCCAGCAGUGCAAUGACGAUGAGAUACUGAGGUUCGGCAUAGCAGUUCUUGGGUAUUUAAACAGAAACGCCCUUGAUACUAAAAACCUAAUCAAAGAAAUUAAAGCAAUUGCUAGUACUCCGACAGAGAGGUACUUUUUCAACGUGGCCGACGAAGCGGCGCUUCUGGAGAAGGCUGGGACGCUCGGGGAGCACAUCUUCAGCAUUGAAGGCACUGUUCAAGGAGGGGACAACUUCCAGAUGGAAAUGGCACAAGUAGGAUUCAGCGCAGAUUACUCUCCUCAAAAUGGUAUUCUGAUGCUAGGUGCAGUAGGAGCUUUUGACUGGAGCGGAACUGUUGUCCAGAAGACAGCUCAUGAGCAGCAUGUGAUAUUUCCCAAACAAGCCUUUGACCAGGUUCUGCAGGAUAGAAAUCACAGUUCGUUUUUAGGUUAUUCUGUGGCUACGGUUUCUACGGAAAGGGGUGUCCACUUUGUUGCCGGUGCGCCUCGGGCAAAUUAUACUGGCCAGAUCGUGCUGUUCAGUGUUAACAAGGAUGGCGAAGUGACAGUGCUGCAGUCUCACAGAGGGGACCAGCUUGGCUCCUAUUUUGGGAGCGUGCUGUGUGCAGUCGAUGUGGAUAAGGACACCAUUACAGACGUGCUCUUGGUAGGUGCUCCCACAUACAUGAACGACCUCAAGAAAGAAGAGGGAAAAGUCUACCUGUUCCCAAUCACAAAGGGCAUCCUGGAUCAGCAUCAGUUUCUUGAAGGACCCAAAGGCACUGGAAAUGCUCGCUUUGGCUCAGCAAUUGCGAGCCUUUCCGACGUCAACAUGGAUGGCUUUAAUGACGUGAUCGUUGGCUCACCUGUGGAGAACGAGAACUCUGGUGCUGUGUACAUCUACAACGGCCACCAGAGGACCAUUCGCACCAAGUAUUCCCAGAAAAUCCUUGGCUCCGAUGGGGCCUUCAGGAGCCAUCUGCAGUUCUUUGGACGGUCCCUAGACGGCCAUGGAGACUUAAAUGGGGAUUCCAUCACUGAUGUAUCCAUUGGUGCUUUGGGGCAAGUGGUUCAACUCUGGUCACAAAGCAUUGCUGAUGUGGCCAUAGAAGCUUCAUUCACUCCGGAAAAAAUCACUUUGCUCAACAAGGAUGCAAAGAUGAUCCUCAAACUCUGCUUCAGAGCAAAGUUUAGACCCUCGGGGCAAAACAAUCAAGUGGCCAUCCUGUUUAACAUGACACUUGAUGCAGAUGGAUAUUCAUCAAGAGUAACCUCCAGGGGGACAUUUAGAGAAAACGGUGAACGGUUCCUGCAGAAGACUAUGGUUGUAAACAAAGUGCAGAAGUGUUCUGAGCACCAAAUCGACGUGCAGAAGCCCUCUGAUGUUGUCAACCCUUUGGAUCUGCGUGUGGACAUCAGCUUGGAGAACCCUGGCACUAGCCCUGCCCUUGAAGCCUACUCGGACACUGUCAGAGUCUUCAGCGUCCCUUUCCACAAGGAGUGUGGCAGUGAUGGAAUUUGCAUCUCUGACCUGACCCUUGAUGUCCAACAGCUGCCGGACACUCAAAACCAACCUUUUAUUGUCAGCAACCAAAACAAAAGGUUAACGUUCUCAGUUAUGCUGAAAAACAAAGGGGAAAGUGCAUACAACAGUGCUGUCCAGGCUGAGUUUUCUGAGAACUUGUUUUUUGCUUCUUUCUCCAUGCCGGUCGAUGGAACUGAAGUGACAUGCCAGGUUGGUUCGUCACAGAAAUCUGUUACCUGCGACGUGGGAUACCCUGCCUUAAAGAGUGAGCAGCAGGUGACAUUUACCAUUAGCUUCGACUUUAAUCUUCAAAACCUCCAGAAUCAGGCAUCCAUCAACUUCCAAGCCUUCAGUGAGAGCCAAGAAACAAACAAAGCAGACAAUUCAGUAAGUCUCAAGGUCCCUCUCCUGUACGAUGCUGAGCUGCACCUAACCAGAUCCACUAGCAUCAAUUUCUAUGAAAUCUCUUCGGAUGAGAAUACUCCUUCCGUCGUAAACAGUGUUGAAGAUGUUGGUCCUAAAUUCAUCUUCUCCCUCAAGGUAACAACCGGAAGUGCUCCAGUAAGCAUGGCAGUGGUAACCAUCCACAUUCCUCAGUACACCAAGGCAAAGAACCCACUCCUGUAUCUGACUGGGAUACAAGCAGACCAGGCUGGUGACAUCAGCUGCACAGCAGAAGUAAAUCCACUGAAGCUAGGACACGCGCCCUUUCCUGCAUCUUUCAAGAGUGAAAACUUCCGGCACACAAAAGAACUGGACUGCAGAACUGCCUCCUGCAGCAGUAAUAUCACCUGCUGGCUGAAAGAUCUUCACCCGAAAGCAGAGUACUUUAUCAAUGUCACCACCCGAGUUUGGAACAGGACCUUUGCUGCCUCGACAUUCCAGACUGUGCAGCUGACAGCAGUGGCAGAAAUCGACACACAUAACCCUCAGCUGUACCUGGUUGAGGAAAACACUGUCACGAUUCCCCUCAUGAUAACGAAGCCCGGUGAGAAGGCGGAAGUGCCAACGGGGGUUAUAAUUGGAAGCGUAAUUGCUGGGAUCCUCCUGCUGUCGGCUGUGGUUGCAGGUCUGUGGAAGCUUGGCUUCUUCAAAAGACAGUAUAAAAAAAUGGGCCAAAAUCCAGAGGAGAUGGACGAGACCACAGAACUCAACAGUUUAAACGACGGUGGACACCACUGCAUGGGGGCUAGCGCCGGCCCAACUAGGGCUCGCUAGUAUGGUGAAUGGAGUUCUUUUAAAGUCCACUUUUAAAUAGUUUAAUAGGCAAACUAGCCUGAUAAUUUUAGCAUAACUGCUGGACAGUGGGUAAUGAAAGAAACUGUGGGUGGUAGCUAGGGGUAGAUCUAAGACCAAAGAUAUGAUAUAGAAAGGAACAAAGUAAUCUUUAGCCUGGCUAGUCCAGCCUUGACAUUCUACCAGGAAGGUGGGAUGCUUCUAGGCUUGACAAACCUUCAAGAAAACUGUAACA